GCGAAUUACAGUAUUGAUCCUGACAGGAGUCGCCCUUGAGAGCAGUUGUAGGAUCGCUUUCAUUCUACUAAAAAAUACUUCAGCAGGGACGGCAGGUUCUACUCCCCUGCUUACAGCCGUGAAUUGUCCAUCCCCGGAGCUGCUCUGCCACAGACUCCUGAGCUGCCGUGGCACCCGGCUGGCCCUCCCGCAAUACGUCUUCCAUGUACUGUGAACAGAAACAGUUAUACUAGUGGUGUGUGAUUCUGCGUUUCACAUAGUGUACUCCGUCCUGUUACUGCUGUUGCGAGCAAAGUGACGAUAUCUUGAAACUUACUGCGGUUCAAUGAAAAUAUUAGUAGGAAUCGUUGGUUUUAAUUUUGACGAUACUUCUGCCUGAUCAGCUGAUUUUGAAAAUGUGUGAACGUGUUUCAUAUGAGAUCAGUCACGUUGAAAGUCCGCAUCGCCACUGAAGGAUAAUAAAGUACUCUCACAUUAUCAUUAGACUUGACGUCCGCCAAGUGAGUUGCCAUCACCAUAUCAGCAGAACACCAGGAAAGUUCUGUUUGGAAACUUCAAUGAAAUGCGAGGUUGACGAGGCGUUAAUUGCUCAGCCUCUACAUCCCUGCAUGCUCGUGACCUUGAGUGAUAGUGGCGUGGGGCUCUGGCAGCUGGUGAGGGAGCGGCGGGCCUGAAGAGUGAGGAGUGAGGCUGGUAGGGAGUCCCGAGGUGAACUGAAACUGAAUGAUAAGGAGACAAACGAGAACGAGUUGGUGACGUUCUGAAAUAAAGGAAAGGGAAAUAUUCAACGAGAAUAUCAGGCUUAGAAAAUAAAUAAAAAAGUAAACAAUCUGAAGUGAUGAUGUCUGGAGUGAGACCGCAAGGCCUGGUGAUGCUGGCCAUAGGGCGAGCGAUAGUGGUGAUGGCCGUGGUGGCGACCGUGAUCGGUGAUGCCAGCAGAUCAGCCGACGGAUUGGCCUGCCCCACGGUCCAAGAAAUACAUCCUUGUACAUGCAAAGUGAAGUCGAGAGGUCUGAGCAUAGCCUGCGAAAACGUGGAUGAAGCCCAGGUGCUGAUGAGCAUGAGCGUGCUCAAGAAUCGCUCCACUGUACUGUAUCGUCUCAUGUUUCGUAAUUUCGACUUUCCUCGCGUGCACGAUUAUUCGUUCCUGGGACUGGAGGUGAAGCAUCUCACUAUGAGCAAGACCAACAUCAGCGUGGUGGAGGACUCCUCGCUCAGGACCCUCGCGCGUGACCUGGAGACACUCGACUUGUCGUACAACAGCCUCAAGGCAGUGCCAACGACAGCCUUGAUGCAUCUGCAGAACCUCUCCUUCCUGAACCUCAACUACAACAUGAUCAAGGUGCUCGGACAGGCGGUGUUCAUGGGGCUGAAAGCUUUGGAGCGACUCUCUCUUUACAACAACCAAAUAAAUCACAUCGACGACAACGCUUUCUUUGGCAUCGGCAAUAAGUUGUACCGCGUCAACCUGGGCAAGAAUCAUUUAGUGGAUGUGCCGAACCUUCACACCUUGGAGAAGCUGGAGGUGCUGUCCCUUAGCGAGAACUUCAUCACCACCAUCCUCGAGGGAAGCUUCUUGGGCCUCAACAAGCUGGACGUGCUGAUGCUGGAGAACAACAAACUGGUAGUGCUGGAAGCCAACGUGUUCAGUGCUAUCUCAAGCCUUAACUCACUCAACUUGAAGCACAAUCUUAUCACUAAUAUUAGUGACUUGGCCUUCUCGGGACUGGAAGACAACCUGGAGUGGCUUGAGAUCGGCCACAAUCGCCUGGACCACAUCCCCUCCCACGCCCUCCGUCCCCUCCUCAACCUUCGCCAGCUUGACCUUGACUCCAACCGCAUUACCCACGUCGCGGAGGACGCCUUCGAACGUUACGGGGAGAGCCUCAAGUUCCUCAUGUUGAAUCGAAACAACAUCCGGGAGUUCUUGCCCAUGACCUUCUUUGACUUGCACUCCUUGGAAUGGCUCAAGCUGUCCCACAAUGACCUGACGCAUCUCUCUGAAGACACCGUGCUGCCCAUCCUCGAUACCCUAACCAUGAUUGACCUCUCGCAUAAUCCACUGGAGUGUGACUGCGACCUCAUGUGGCUCACACAUUGGCUGCAGGAGUUCAUGCGGCGCGAAACCUACACGGUUAUGGCACCGCACACCUGUACGCGCAGAAAGAAACGCACGUACAACAUCAUUGACCUGAGAGCGUCAGAAAUGGGCUGCCCGGAGUACAAUGUGAUAGGGGGUUCCGCUGCUUCCCCGCCUGUGCUUUCAGGCCUCACUAUGUGUCUCCUGGUGGCCUCGCUGCGCACCUAGAUCUGUGGCCAUUGACAGACGGUGGUCGAGAGUGGCGCUGAGGAGUAGCUGUGUUGAAUCGCAAGACUGGUUCUGCUGACGGAAGGCACAAGACAGCCGCCGGGUGCACGGGACAGCGGCGCUGUACUGAGAGUUUUCUGAUUGCCGAAUAUCUUACUUUAACAUAUUAAGAAUUUGAAUGGGAUUUUUUACUUACAUUUAGAAUUAACCAAAAUGGAACAAAGUGCCUUUUGUGUGUGUGUGGAAUAGGAAAACUAACCCGUGAUACUAAUACAAAAAAACUUAACUUUCCUUGCUAUUUAACGCUUCAAUGAUUUUCACUGCGAGCACUUAUUUGUUGUACUUUUAGCCAAGUCUUUCCUCCAGGUGUAUAAAUCAAAACAAAGGGGAGCCCGUUUGUUCAGUUGGGGCGUAACAUGGCCCUCCGGAGCAGCGAGGGUGGUGGAGUGCCAGGCCUUGGCAGCAGGAGCGCAACAGAUGAGGCACCCACCACCAGUACAAAGCAGGUGACAUCUAUUGCAGUGUAACGAGUCUUGGUCUGCGCUGCAAAGGUUGGUAACAUAAAGGGAGCAAAUACUAGUUUGACGAGCAUCUUUUACCAAAUUGACGAGUGCUAUUAUAGUGGUAUGCGUGGCAGCAGCAGUAAUUGUAUUAUUUUGUUCCUGACGCAGUAUUUGUCGUGACGCAUUAGUAUGUGUUUCCUGUGUUAUCUUCGUAAAAACAUGCUAGGUUAGUAUAUUCAUUUCUGUCUCUGAUCCGGUGCACUAUUUGUUUGUGUGUAUGUGUGUAUCCCCCUCUUUGCAUAUUAAAUAUCUUAUGUUA